CUCAAGGCAGGAACAAAUAUGGGAAUUGUUCGUAAGAUGCGGAUGAAUAGGAAAAAAAUUCGAAGAUUGACGUAAGCGAUUGCGUUUCUUUCCCUCCCAUAAAGCGAGGGAAAUUUUGUAGGGAGAGAGAGAGAGAGAGAGAGAGAGAGAGUGAGAGGUGAAGAGCGUGGAAAAAUUGAGGAGGAACGAGCAAGAAAUGGUGCAAAUCAUGGAACCAAACACUUGCAUCCGAGGCUGCUGUAGAAGCGAUACCAUCCCUCUUCAUCUCCACCCUUCCUCCUAUUCCCUCUCUUCUCCAAUCGCCCGAGGGUCUGAGAGCGUCGUGUAUGAAGCAACGCUGGCUGGCAAAAAAGUGGCUGCCAAGAAGCCUGUCUUGUCGACGUCGGACGAUCUCAACCGAUUUCAUACCGAACUCCAAUUGAUGUGCAUGGUGGAUCAUCCGGGCAUAGCCACGUUAGCUGCAGCACAUGCCAGACCACCGAAUUACAUGUUCUUCUUUGAAUUCUAUGAAGGCGGAAACUUGGCGGACGCAUUACAUGUUCGAGAAUGGAGCCCAUCAAUCCACCAAGCGUUGUCCAUCAUGAUUGCUCUAGCAAAAGGGCUGAGGUACUUACACAGCGUGGGGAUUGCACAUAGGGACGUCAAACCAGCAAACAUUCUUCUUGACAGCGAACUUCAGCCCCGUCUUUCUGAUUUUGGUCUGGCGACAUUUAAGAAAGAUAUUCAUCACAUCUCUUCUCAAAAUUGGAAAUCUUCUGGCAAGCCAACUGGAGGUUUCCACAAGAAGAAUAUGGUUGGAACUUUAAUUUAUAUGGCACCCGAAAUAUUAAGAAAGGAUGUGCAUACUGAGAAAUCAGAUGUUUAUAGUUUUGCAAUAACGGCCAACGAACUUCUUACAGGUGUGGUUCCUUACACAGACCUUCGCGCGGAAGCCCAGGCUCAUACAGUUCUCGAGAUGACCUAUACUGAGCAGCAGCUCACAUCAGCCAUAGUAUCAGAAGGGUUGCGUCCAGUAUUAGCUGGUGCCAAGUCAGGUGCUCCAUCGAGCUUGCAGUCAUUGAUAAUGAGAUGCUGGGAUCCAGAUCCUCAGAAGAGACCACUAUUUGCUGAGAUAGUUGAGGAACUAGAUAUUAUCAUGAAUAAGGCCAUACAAGAACCAGAUGAUAUAAAAAAGGAUGUUUUGCUGAAAGAGCAUUCAGUGGAUAGCCAAAAUCAUCAAACUCAAAUAGAAACUAGCUGGUCAGCUAGAGGAAUGGCAUUCACUAACCAUGCAACAACUGAUGGUGCAAACUUCACCGUGUGGCUUCAGCAUUCCUUUCUUUAUCAUCCCACGUUGUCAUGUGGAUCAUUUUCAACAUGUGGUAGAAGGGAGUCCAUGGAGGAUACACACUUUUUAUUGCCUCAUAUGGAUAGCAUAAAAGACAUCUCCUUCUUUGGGAUAUUUGAUGGUCAUAGAGGUGCCGCAGCUGCAGAAUUUGCUGUAAAAACUAUACCUCAAUUCUUACGAGCCUCUGGUGCAAUGAAAAGUCCCUCAGAUGCACUAUCAGAUUCAUUCCUGAGAACUGAUAUUGAGUUCAGAGAACAGUUGAAAUCAUGUCAACUUUUAAGAAGCAAACAAAGGAAUUUCCAUCCUGGCUGCACAGCAAUUACAGCUUUGAUAGUAGGAAACAAACUUUUUGUUGCAAAUGCUGGUGAUUGCAGAACAAUCCUAUGUCGCGAUGGGCAAGCCUAUGCUCUUUCAAAGGAUCAUGUAGCUAGCUGUCCCCAGGAAAGGGAACGAAUUAUUCGGGCUGGAGGAGAAGUCAAAUGGCAGAUUGACACAUGGAGGAUUGGUCCAGCUGCACUGCAGGUGACACGGUCAAUUGGAGAUGAUGAUUUGAAGCCUGCUGUGACUGCAGAGCCUGAAAUAACAGAAACAGAUCUGUCAUCUGAUGAUGAAUUUUUGGUGAUGGCUAGUGAUGGUUUGUGGGAUGUGUUAGGUAAUGAUGAGGUGGUUCCCAUCAUCCGGGAUACUGUCAAAGAGCCUACCAUGUGUGCUAAACGACUUGCCACAGAAGCUGUUGAAAGAGGAAGCAAAGACAACGUCACUGUUAUUGUUAUCUUCCUUCGUCCCGUAUCUACUGCAGAAAGAAUAUUCUGAAAUCUGAAAUAAAAUAGUGGAAGUUGCAUCACAUUUUCCCUACCUAGCAAGAUAGCAGUAUUAUUGCUAAAGUUCUACCCACAAAUCCUAAGAAUAAGUUUUUCAUCUC